AGGGAAGCAGCAGGGGUCACGGAGCGCAGGGGCUGCAGAAGAGGAAGCGAACCAGGCUGGUGGGAAGCUCUGCUUUCCUGGCGAGCACCCGGGAGGAGAUCAUGAUCGAGUUCUGUCCGGGGGGAGCUGUGGAUGCCAUCAUGCUGGAGCUGGACCGAGGCCUCACCGAGCCCCAGAUUCAGGUCGUUUGCCGCCAGAUGCUAGAAGCCCUCCACUUCCUGCACGGCAAGAAGAUCAUCCACCGGGACCUGAAGGCCGGCAACGUGCUGAUGACCCUGGAGGGCGACAUCCGGCUGGCUGACUUUGGUGUGUCUGCCAAGAAUCUGAAAACUCUGCAGAAACGAGAUUCCUUCAUCGGAACGCCUUACUGGACUGUGUUCUGGAUUGUGGCUGCCACCUUGUGGCAGGCAUCGGGAACUGCAGCAGGCUGUGGCCCGGAGCCGCUUGGAGGGCGUCUUUCUCAUCCCUUCGUCAGCGGCGUCACCAGUAACAAGGCUCUGCGGGAGCUGGUGGCCGAGGCCAAGGCCGAGGUGAUGGAGGAGAUUGAAGACGGCCGGGAGGAGGGGGAGGAGGAGGACUCCGUGGAUGCCACCUCGCCCCUAGGGGACCACACUCGCACCUCUUCCGAGGUGAGUCAGGUGAGCCUCGAUGCCAACAAGCCUCUCCAGGAGCCACCUGUCACUCCAGUGCCACCCAGCCAGCCUCAGGACCGGGAGAACGGGCCCAGCCUGCCCUCUGGGGACAGUUCCCUCCAGACCACCAAGCCCCCGGAUGUGGCCGCUGGGAAUGAGAAUGGCCUCGCAGUGCCCGUGCCUCUCCGCAAGUCCCGGCCCGUGUCGAUGGGCGCCAGCAUCCAGGUGCCUGAGGAGAAGCAGGGGGCUGACCAGGCUGGGGACCUCAGUCCCACCGCCAACCGGCCCCGGAAGACAAGCCAGAGCCGUCCCGUCAGCAGCGCCCUGGAGACGUUGGGCAGCGAGAAGCUGGCCAACGGCAGCCUGGAGCUCCCCGCCCCGGCCUCUCCUUCCAAGAGGGACUCGGACUGUGGCAGCCUGUCCACCUCCGAGAGCAUGGACUACAGCACCUCCCUGUCGGCUGACCUGUCCCUGAACAGAGAGACGGGCUCUCUGUCCAUCAAGGACUCCAGGCUGCACAAUAAAACCCUCAAGAGGACACGCAAGUUUGUGGUGGACGGCGUGGAGGUGAGCAUCACCACCUCCAAGAUCAUCAGCGAAGAUGAGAAGAAGGACGAGGAGAUGAGAUUUCUCAGGCGCCAGGAACUCCGAGAGCUGCGGCUGCUCCAGAAAGAAGAGCAUCGGAACCAGAACCAGCUGAGCAGAAAGCACGAGCUGCAGCUGGAGCAGAUGCAUAAACGUUUUGAACAAGAAAUCAACGCCAAGAAGAAGUUCUUUGACACGGAGCUGGAGAACCUGGAGCGUCAGCAGAAGCAGCAGGUAGAGAAGAUGGAGCAGGACCACGCUGUGCGCCGCCGGGACGAGGCCAAGCGGAUCCGCCUGGAGCAGGAGCGGGACUACACCCGGUUCCAGGAGCAGCUCAAGCUGAUGAAGAAGGAGGUCAAGAACGAGGUGGAGAAGCUCCCCAGGCAGCAGCGGAAGGAGAGCAUGAAGCAGAAGAUGGAGGAGCAUGCGCAGAAAAAGCAGCAUCUUGACCGGGACUUCCUAGCCAAGCAGAAGGAGGACCUGGAGCUGGCGAUGAAGAAGAUCACGGCCGACAACAGGCGGGAGAUCUGUGACAAGGAGCGCGAGUGCCUGACUCGGAAGCAGGAGCUCCUUCGAGACCGGGAGGCGGCCCUGUGGGACAUGGAGGAGCAUCACCUGCAGGAGAGGCACCAGCUGGUCAAGCAGCAGCUCAAGGACCAGUACUUCCUCCAGCGGCACGAGCUGGUGCGCAAGCACGAGAAGGAGCGGGAGCAGAUGCAGCGCUACAACCAGCGCAUGGUGGAGCAGCUGAAGGUGCGGCAGCAGCAGGAGAAGGCGCGGCUGCCCAAGAUCCAGAGGAGCGAGGGCAAGACGCGCAUGGCCAUGUACAAGAAGAGCCUGCACAUCAGCGGGGCGGGCAGCGCUGCUGAGCAGCGCGAGAAGAUCAAGCAGUUUUCCCAGCAAGAGGAGAAGAGGCAGAAGGCAGAGCGGCUGCAGCAGCAGCAAAAACACGAGAACCAGAUGCGGGACAUGGCGGCCCAGUGCGAGAGCAACAUGAGUGAGCUGCAGCAGCUGCAGAAUGAGAAGUGUCACCUCCUGGUAGAACAUGAAACCCAGAAGCUGAAGGCCCUGGACGAGAGCCAUAACCAGAACCUGAAGGAAUGGCGGGACAGGCUUCGGCCACGCAAAAAGGCUCUGGAAGAAGAUCUGAACCAGAAGAAGCGGGAGCAGGAGAUGUUCUUCAAACUGAACGAGGAGACCGAGUGCCCGAACCCCACCACCCCAAACAAGGCCACCAAGUUCUUUCCCUACAGCUCUGCUGAUGCUUCCUAACAGCCGCUCGGGGCUGUGGCUGGCGGGCCUCUGGGCCCUCCCACUCUCUGUGAGCAAGUCACUCAGGACCCCUCCCUCUCGCUUCCGCACCAGCUCGAAUCCAGCCCCUUGCCGGAGUGACCCGUGUUCCUGACUCCGCGCUCUCAUGGAGGAUCGCCUACUUUUAAUAUAUGUUCUCUUUGAACCCCAGGCCCCUUCGAGCAGUCAGCGAUUCGGGUUGUGGGUGUGGUCAGGGUCCAAGAGGAACGAGUGUGCUGUAGCCUCGAGGCCCCUCCUGUUUGCCAAAACACCAGUCUUUGCUGCCUGUGGGUGCACAGUGCUGCCGCUGAAGUCACCAUGGGCUCGUCCAUAUGCUGUAAUUCUUGGUGGCUCUUCAGCCAUUGCCUGCAGUGUCAGACAGGAAUCAUGGCUCCUCACAGCCAGCUGCUCAGGGGGUGCCCUUAUUUCUCCACUUUCCCCAGUUUGCUUUCCUCUUGAGGCCAUGUCUACAAUGGGGGAGAGCCAGAACUGUUCAUUCUCCUGGUCCCAGGUCUUUCAUGCCAUCUGUGUCUCCCACCUCCUGCACACACACACACACACACACACACACACACACACACACUCACACACACACACAAAGGGCUUGGGCCCCUGGGCCUCUCGUACCAGGUGGGUUGGAGCACAUUUGCUGCCUGAGCCACUGAGUAUGUCAGGUGGAGCCGCUGGUAUGUGGCAUGUUGGCACCAGAGCACAAGGUGAACAGUCUGUGAUUCCUUUUGGCCCCCAUGUGGUAGUGUGUGUUCAGGGACAAAUGGGUGUGUUCACCACCCAGCACUUCCACAACCCAGUCUGUUUCCAUCUCACAUUUGCCCAGGUGAAAUGGGAAGGCUGUCUGCCUCUGCCCUGUGCUCCUCCUAUUUCAGGAGUCUAGCCUUAUACUUCAGAGGUCUGGCAGUCCUCAGGAAGCAAAAGCAUCAGGGAGAAACUAAUGCUUUUUGUGUGUCUACCCCCCCCCCCCCCCCGAACAUGGCAGAAGCAAAGCUUCUGUAGCUCAGACAGAAUCCUGGACCUUUGGGUCAUCAGUUGGCCUCCCAGAGUCUGAUCUCCAAGGCUGCAGUGUCGAUAACCCAAUGAAGGCAAAUGCUCAAACUGGCAUUCGGCUUCUUUACAAACAAAGCUUCUUCAUCUUGAUUUCUAACUUGAAACAAAUAUAAAUGAAUGGCUUCUUCAGGAAGACACCUGCUUUAAAGAAACGAGAGAAAACUGCAGGUGAUUUUGAGAAAUCAUAUGGGCACAUGGAGUCUGGGUGCUAAUCUGCUGGUGACAGAGUGCAUGCCGCCCCCAGGAGGACUUUCUCCUUCUUCAUUCCUUAUGGUUAGGUUCGAAGCUUUGUCUUUCUAAAGCAAAGUCUUAGCACUGGCUGUAAUCCUCUCCUGGAUCUUGCAAAGGGAGAGUCGCCGUUCGAAAGAAGGGACUGGGGGUGCCCUUCUCACAGAUGCAGUAAAGAUGCUCUGGAGGCCGGGGGAAGGCGAUGGUCCUCUCAGGUUAGUGAGCAUUCAGCUUGCCUGCUUCCGGAUUUGACCCACAUGGGACACUGGUCAGGUAUCAACAAAUGAAACAAUUGUCCCUUUUGAAUCUCUUAGGUGCACAGGUGCUGGAAAAUGUGGACCAGCAGCAGUGUAACUACAGAGCGUAGACCCAGUUCUGCCAGGGGAGGCCGGUACUGGCGAAUGGCCAGGUGGGGCUGAUUUGGGCUUUGUUUACAACACAUUGCCUUUUGCAGCCUGGGGUGUGAGAAUGAGUAUUAGGUUUUAUGGCUCAGGCAAGUCUUUGGUCCUUCCCUUACGUGACUUGCCAUUCACGUUGGAAUCGUGUUCGAGUUGCUGUUUCCCUGCUCAGUGCCACCGGAGCCCUGACAGGUUCCCUGUUCGUUCUGGACGGGGUCUGGUUGGGCCUUCCGGCCUCACAGUUGAGCCAGUGUGCACUGCCCAUCGCGGAGAAGGCCCGCAGUGUUCCUCAGGCCCCGUGCUAACGUUUCCUCUGUAAGGGACAGAAGAAACCGUUCCUCCUUUUCAGUCAGUUUAUGGCAGAGUAUGUAUAACUAACUUAUAUGUUCCCUUUAUGAAGGAUAGAAGUUAUUUUUAUGUAGUUUCCAAACUUUAUACAAAGCUUUUGUAAAAUGUUCUCUGCAAAGUUAACUGCAAGAAUGUAAAUAUGCUUCUAAUAAAAUAACAAACGGAGAAACUC